UGCCUUUCCUCUUAAAUGUUAAAUGUGUCACUCUGCCAUCAAUAACAAAAAAUAGCUUGUCCUGCUGUGGUUAUUCAGGAAAAUGGUUUCAAGUCUUCCUUAUUUAGUUUAAAUGUUCAUACAGUAUUAUAUGAAUAUUAAAUAAAUGUCUAAAUAAAACAAAUAAUAAAGACAAUCUGAUAUACUCCUGUGGAAGUUAUUGGUAAGUGAAGAUGUGUAAAAUGUAACCAUUCCCAACACUAAACAUUAAUAUCGGCAAUAAAUUACACCAGAUCACUUCAGCUAAGUGGCAAUAAAUAUCAACCAAUAAAACAUGUGAAAUCAUUGUGGAUAAACUCGUGAAGAUGUGCUGAUUACAAGAUAUACUGUCUGUGAUGCUUACAAACAAGCAGUGCUUGGUUUAUUCAAUACUGUCAGCAACUAAAAGUGGCAGAUUGCGUUCAUCUGUAGUUCUUCUCAUUGCAUCUGAUCAUCCCUGCGAGGAUGCAGUGGUAAACCAACAAAGCAAUAAGGAAAUGCCUAUUAAGUGAACAAGACACAACUGUGGCCACAACAGCGACAUUGCAUCAUGGAUAUUCCUUCCUACAAGAAGGGUUAACUUACAAGAACUCAUUAUGGCCGAGAGCAACCACGAGUCCUCAACAAGAGAAUCUAAUCUGAAAAAGCUUUUCCGAGGCAUCGUGCCACACUGGCCAAGUUGGUCAGCACAGGGAGCUGCAACCCCAAUACACCCUGAAGCAGCGGACUCAGAGAAUAAGGAAGCGUGCUGCAAAGAUGCCUCACAUCUCAAGAGGAAAUCAUCAUUACUGAGAGAGAACAAUGAAUCAGACGAUUCAGAUUAUGAGGAGGUAAAACGACAUCUCCACUCAUACACUACUACUCUUCCAUCAUGCAAAAGACAGCGUAUUACUGUGGCAGCCAUGAGUCGUCUCUUUGCCAAGUUCAGCCUCUAUGACAGAGAAACUACUGUCGUGUCACCCACUUCACACAAAGAUACUUUAGCAUCCAGCUCAGAUGGUGAAAAGUCUGCAAUUCCAGAGAACACACCUCUUCAAAUUCUAAAUUCACCCACACACACAACCAACGAUACUCCUGAAGAUCACAGCAAUAAUAAUGAUGAAGACAUUCCAAAUAUGAACAAAAAUUCUUCCGAGAUAAAGCAAGUGAAAUGUGACACUAUUACCAGGGACUCGAGUGAAGCACCAGAAUGGAAACGACAGAAGAUAGAAGAUACCUCACCAGUACAUGAAGAAAAUGAUGAAAACCUUCAGAAGAAACACAGCACAAAUUCUGAAGAACCUAUAAAGACUAACAAACGACAAGCUGAUGUAAAUAACAGUGAUACCGAAGAAAACGAAGAGCACGCAUCUAAAGUGAAACGCACCAGGAGGUUAAGGAGAGGACUUAGAUUGUGUACAAACAUAACUUGCUACAUUGAACAGGUUCUCUAUAAUUAAUAUCAGCAGAUAGUAACUAUUAUUGACAUGAAGGAAUACCAUAUUCAAAUGAUACAUAUGUAUUUCAUAUAAUAUUUUUUCCAUGCACCUUGCUUGUUUUCAGGUUACUGUGGUGAGAAUAUUCAUAUUCUGAAACAUUGUAAGGAUGGUUGAACUCAAACUUUAAACAAAUGAAACACUUUGAGCUGCCAGAAGAUAUCAGUUUUCAAACUGUGAUCAUGUAUCAGUGCAGUAUAUCAAAAUACUGUAUAUUAAGGUAAUGCUCAGUGAGAACAAUAACUUGUCCAGUUUGGAGGACCUUAUAAACUAAUAUAUGUUAAUACAAGGCAUCCUUAACUUCAUCAAACUGAACACUUGUAUGUGCAUAAAUACUUAAGUGUUAUUUUUAUUAUGUAAGUGUAUUUACACUAUGAAAGCUAUGCUUGUAGUAUACAGACUUCCCUGUAAUGUUUGUCAUAUAAAAUUUUCAAGCUUU